AUGCGGGCCAUACGACUAACUGUUGCGUGUCGCUACCUAGGGCCUUUCCGGUCUGUCACACUGAGCCCCGUGGUGCUUCCGGUGCGACUGUUUCAAACGCAGGAAAUUACCCCCGGCGAGGUUUCCCUUGUGGAAGCCACUGACGAGUCAGACAGGGCGUUUGGGGAGACUAGGAAGGAAGAUUUCUCCUUUGACGGUAGCAGUGAGUUUCCGGAAUGCUUUAAAGACACAAAGCACGUGGACACAUUUUCCCGUGCUCGGGUAGUCAGUUUCAUCAAACGUUUCUCCCAAGGAGCAGUUACCAGUAGCAGUGAAGUUUUUGAGGGCCGAGAGAUCGUUAACGACAAUGGUACGCCACUCUACCAUAGCCGUGUUCGACUACCUUUUCGGAGCCACACAGGGGAACUGUGGGCUCAUGGCGUUGCGUGCAAUAGUAAAGACGCUGAACUCCUUGCAGCAAUGCAUGCUGAGCACAUAAUUGACGAGUUCGGCUAUCACAUUUACACGCUGCCGUCAAUGCAACGGAAACAUGCGGAGGCUGCUCGGAAGGCAGGCCGGUGGGCCCCCUUGCCAGACGAACUUGAGAGGACCCAAUCGCCUGUCCGCGUACCCCUUCCACUCCGCCGUAUUGUUGAUCGUGACGAGACCGAGGGUGGUAAAUGGCUUUUAAUUGACAUGCGGCCGAACCAUUACAUCUCUCCCAGUCACACAUUACUGUCGCCGUGUUUGUUUGACACAACAGCAGUUCACCGCAUUAAAUCAUUUUUGGAUGAGCACAAGCUUUCCUUUGCUCAGCUCUGCACGUCGGUGGAGGAACCAGGGGAAGGUGGUGGUCAGUCCUGGUAUGUAGCCACCGUCUCCUUACCACCUGAGUUAUCAACAUUUAGUGAAAUCAAAGCGCAAGGAAAGGCGCUAAAUCGCGAAGCUGCCGUGACACUCGCCUGCAUGCACGCGGAGCUUGUCCUCGAUGCCCACUCCAUAUGUCUCUAUCCUUCCGACUCCACAAAACAGAAGCAGCAUGCGCUGGCAGCCUGGAGCUACGGGCGGCCCGCCCCAUUGCCAGGAGAAGAUCAGAAGAACCCCUCACAUGUUGUCUGCCCCCUACCACUUAAACAGCUGGCAGUACGGCGCGAAGACCGCAUUUCAUGCAUAAGUUACGAAGAGGAUAUCAUUCGACGGCACCGCGCACUGACGGACCAAACGUGCGAAUUUAUAGAGACACCGACCCUCGACUCGUCGGCGGUGGAACAGCUGAAACAGUUUCUGCAGAGAGAAAAUGUUCCGAGGACCGAUCCCUUUUUGGUUGAGGAGGUAAACGGGUAUUACAAGGCCACUGUGGUGCUACCCUUACCCGAUUUGUAUGGCAUACGGGGUGGCGUCGGCAUAGCCAUGAAUGCAACGGAUGCACGUGUUUUAGCGGCCAUGCAUGCCAUAGACGUCUUAAAUAUACUUGGGUUUCACCUCAUGGAUGGAAGUACGGCGCGCGCCGAGUGGAUUGCCGCGCGCAGGGCCCGCGGUGAGAGUGUACCAGCAGACACACGAGACCCCAAUGUGUUAAGCCCCUCAGGGAGGCGGCGGGUCGCUACAGGAAAUUCCUCUACUCAAACUCCAUCUUCCUCAACGAAUGCGAGGAGCGUUGCUGCCGCACCGGAUGUCGGUACAUCGGAUCCUACCGCCCCGCAAAACACCAAACGGAGGGUGGCUAAGAGGGCCCGAGUGGCCGAUGCGCAGCCGACCGAAGAAAAAGAUGCGGCUAAUUCAGAUUCAGACGAAGCGACAAGUUACCUCAAGAUGCGGGAGACAGUUUCAAAGGAGUUGUGGAAUCUGGAGCCGGAUAGCCCGGACGGCUACAUCAUGGUAUCACCCACGGAUCCAGAAACGCGCACGCAGUUCGAGCAAGCACUGUACUCUCCUCGUCAGGUAGACCUUGGUUCUAAGAGUCGCAUCAAAAACUAUUUGGCCUCCGUGGGGCGGCGAAUAGAGGAGGUUUUUUUUGUUCAGCGUAUUGAGGCCGAGGACAAUGGGGGACAGGCAAUCUGUCGGUGUGCCGUGAAUUUGCCCGUACCACGUCGCUUCGGCGACCGCAUCGCGUUAGGUGAAGCAGUUGACCCGAAAGAUGCGGAAAACCUCGCGGCCAUGCAUGCGGAAUUAAUAUUGGACACCUUAGGGAUCCCCAUUUACACAGACAGCGCCCUGCAACGUCUACAUGUCAGGUUGUGCGCCAAAUGUGGCCGAAAUGCACCCGUUGAGUACUCUGAAAGCGUUGCGGCUGCCACCGCGUCACCUCCGCCUCUUCGCCGGGAGGUAGUGGGGUCCAUUCAUUGGGAAAACAAGUCCAAACGCAGACGAGCAGCAAUAAGUGUACAAAAGGGGGGCGGGCCAGCGAACUCCCAGGAAACGACGUCCGCGCUGCGUGAGGACGAAGAGCCGCUAAUUGCCCCCAAAGAAAGACGGGAGUACACGUUUGUACCUGAGAAAGACCUGGACCUCGUCUCCCGAGCGCGAGUGCACUAUUACUUGAGGCGGAAUGGGAUAGCGAAGCUUGAGCCGGAAUAUCGCAUGGAAUUACGGGGACUUGGUAACGUGUUGCACAUUGCAGAGCUGACGCUCCCGCUUCCUGACGUGUACGGAAAGAGGGUUGCCCACGGUUCAGCACUUACCAAACGCGACGCUGAGAUACUAUGCUGGAUGCACGCAGAGCAGAUAUUAGAUGCAGUCGGGCUGUGUCUCUUCGAUAACCUCCCCAUGUUGCAAAGGAGGCAUGUCGAGUGCGUGAAGCGACUCGGACGAUGGGCGCCUCUCGUUUCUGAAAAUGCCACGAAACCGCCUCACACACCCACACCGCUCCCCCUCACACUUGGAACAACGCAAGAGAAGCCGCAGUACCCGACGCCUCCGACGAAUGUGCGGCAGGACUGGGAGCAGUAUGCUCAAGAAUGUCAACGAUACAUUGAGAUUAAUGUGAUGCGGGAGCACAAUAUUUUCUACGAGAUGGGAAAGACCCCCCGAACUGGGGAUGAAACUUACGACGCUGCACUUGCAGAAGUUGAAUCGAUGCCGAUCGAUCCCGAUGCAAAAACAGUGUUGCAGCGUUACUGCAAUGUUGCAAACGUGAACUAUCCGACGUUUUGGAAGUCGCGCACCGUGGGUCCCAUUUCGUGCAGAGUUUGUCUCACCACAAUCGAGGUCCCGGGACACGAAUACUUAAGGGCUAGCGGCGUAGCGUGGAAUAAAGAGGCCUCGCAACGCCAGGCGGCAAUGCACGCCCUUGCGCUGCUGCGCCGUGUAGAACCAGAUUUCGCUGAAUUUGAGAAACAGAUUAAAGCAGAGGUGGUUGAUAAAGUUAAUCUUGUCGAUCCUGCGGCAGUGCUCGAUGAGGAAGCUCCGGUGUUACGCCGCACUGCACGGGUGAGUAAAAAGUCCCUUGGGAACUGGGACCCGGUGUCCAAGGACUUUUCUCAUGAAGGUAAGGUCCGUAUUAUCGAGCUCUUCACUGUCUGCUUCGGACUACAACCACCACUUGUGCGGCACUUAAACCGUCGCAGCGGGUCGUUCGUGCAGCACUUUACCGUCGUCGAAGUGACGGAUGAAGAUGGCAAAACAUGGGUAGGAACUGGCAGAGACGCAGGACCACGUUUUAAUGAACCGGCGGCAUUUGACGACCUUUUCUCGAAACUCUCCCGCGGUGUUCAAGGCUUCCAAGCACUAAUGGACCUCAUUCGUGCCCAUCCCCACCUUGACCCAGAGCACAUUGCCAACGUGUCGCUAACCGACUCUCAGAAGGAGCGUAUCCUCAAAGCGGUGGAUGGCCUGCCUAUGGUGGAAGAAGAAGAUGUCGCACAUCCUGAGCAGUGGGCAGAUGCGGACUCCGAUAGAGGGAUCGGUAUCAUGGCACUUAUUGCCAUGGAUGCAUCGCAGCGAGCGCAGGAGUCGCAGGAGCUGGAAGCCAAGCUGCAGGCGAAACUAACGAAUGAGGAAUACCAAACAAGGUAUGCUUCGCAGAGGCAGAGGCUGCGCAUUUAUGAGAAGCGGGAUGAGAUUUUGCGUGCAAUCAGUAGCAAUCAGAUAGUUAUUAUUUGCGGCACAACUGGGUGUGGUAAGACGACACAGGUUCCUCAAUACAUUUUGGACGACAUGACAGAGAAGGGAAUGGGUGGUGAUUGUUCCAUUGUUAUCACUCAACCCCGUCGACUAAGCGCGGUUUCGAUUGCACGCCGCGUCGCCGCUGAACGACUGGAAAGCAUUGGAGAAACCUGCGGAUAUUCCAUUCGCCUGGACGCAAAGCCAGGACGGAACAUCAACUUCUGUACUUCUGGCGUACUGCUCCGCCUUCUUCACUCAGCCCCGCUGCUAAAUGGGAUUAAUUAUCUCAUCAUAGAUGAGAUACACGAACGCGACAUUAACUCAGACUUUCUGCUGAUUUUGCUGCGGCAGCUCCUGCACCGUCGUAAGGACCUUCACGUCAUUCUCAUGAGUGCAACGUUGCAGGCGGAUCAAUUUGGCAAGUACUUCGGUAAUGCUCCGAUCAUCAACGUGGAGGGGUACGUUCACGCCGUCGAGGAAAUGUACCUGGAGGACCUAGUUCCCAUUGCUACUGAGCGGAAUGUCAUGACACCUCUGUUGAAAGAGGCGGCUGCAGCUUUGGAGAGAAAUGGGGCAGCUGACGGGUUUUGUCCAACCGUCGUGCCUCCCACCGCGAAGUACGGGUUUUUAGAAGCUACAGCGGACAUUGAUUACAUGACUAUCCAGAUCGCCAUAGAUCACGCUGUGAGGUCGCUUGAUUUAACGGACUCUUCUAUCUUGGUGUUUCUACCUGGGUGGGAUGAAAUUAACAGGGCAAAGGAGAUACUUGAGCGCAACGCAAAGUUUCAUAUCAUAUGUUUGCACUCCUCUGUGGGUGCAGAAGAGCAAAUGCGAUGCUUUCUUCCGGCGCCAGAAGGAAAAAUCAAACUUAUCCUUUCAACAAACAUCGCAGAAAGUGGUGUAACGAUAGACGAUGUUGCAGCAGUUAUCGACGUUGGUCGGGGAAAGGAGAAAUCAUAUGUCAUGCGUAAGGGAACUACGUCUGUGGGCCGCAACGAGAUGGGAUCUAUGUCACAGCUGGUAACCGUCUAUGCUAGUCGGGCGAACUGUGUCCAGCGCCGUGGUCGCGUGGGUCGUACGAGGCCAGGUAUGUGCAUUCGCCUCUACUCGAAGAAGCAUUUUCAAAGCCUGCAUGACUUUCAGACGCCUGAAAUGCUCCGCACUCACCUCGAUUCACUGUGUCUACAGAUUCUUGCCCUUGAUUUGGGUGACCCAGCCGACUUCUUGCAGCAGGCACUUGAACCACCGUCCUCCGAUCAUAUCGAAGCCGCCAUGAAGCGCUUGCAUGAACUCGGUGCCACGACAUCUACACGUCAACUGACGCCGCUUGGGCUACGACUUUCCAGGUUACCGGUAGCGCCCAAGGUGGGGAAGAUGGUGAUUAUGGGGGCCAUUCUGAGGUGUUUGGACUCCGCUCUCACCAUUGCCGGGGUAAGUGACACGGAUGUCUUUAUAAGCACACGAGAACAUCGCGAAGCCGUCCGACUACACAAGGAAGACCUCUCGUACGGUACACAAUCUGAUGUAAUUGCGUCGGUGAACGCUUUCAACUUUUGGGUAACGUCGCACUAUGCAAAGACGCCCGCGGAAGUGGUGUAUGACCUGCAGGAGAGAAUGUUGAGCGUCCCUCAGCUCCUUACUGUUUCCAAGUACAAACAGCAGUUCUUUGAAAUUGUUGCAGGCAGUGGGUUCAUUCAUAUGAAGCAAAAUUAUAAAGAUGCGAAAAAUAAAGACCGCGCAGAUAUCUUCGUUGACCAAUCUGAGUACUCUGCCGACUCUCUCAAUGUUGGCUUGGUGAAGUGUGUUGUUGCUUCUGGACUAUUUCCUAAUGUCGUUAUGAACCGGGGGAAGCGCCUCAUGAGGAACAAACUUGCCAACCGACUGGACCCAUCAUCGGCAUCUGUUGUCCAUCGUACAUCACAGGAAAAUAUUGGCCAGCCCUAUUUCGUGUAUGAUGAGCUGGUGAAGUCAUCGGAAUCCGAACGGCUGCUCGUGCGGGAUCUCACCAAUGUGUCACUAUGGACCAUUCUUUUAAUGGGCACCAGCAGCAUGCCUGUCACUUACCGCGACGACCUAAAUUUGGCGGUGGUGGAUGAGUGGAUUAUGUUCCGUGCAACAUUCGGUACACUGGAACUCAUACGGAAGUUCAAACGUGCCCUCAACGUCUGCCUGGGACGCAAGUUCAUGAACCCGAAUGACGAGGAAAACAACGCAAAACUGGAGGAACUGCGUUGCAUCAUAAAGGAACUUGUGUGUACGCCAUUCAAACCGAACGAUUUGGCGGAGAAACCGUGGGAGGAGAAGGGCGUCAUUAUAGAACCAUGCACAGAACCCAAGGGGGGCUCAAGUGAAGCAGAAAAGACGCACGUCAACUCAUCACACACCCCCACCACAAGUGCUGAGGCUGGUGGAGACUCGUAA